UAUCAACACACGCAGCGUUGUUUGUAACUUGGUAGUAUCUAUGUGUGUGUGUAUGUGUGCGUGUGACAUCCUUCAUGAGCUUCAGAGGGGAACAGAAUCUCUACAUAGUUGGUGAAAGAACAAAAGAACAGCUUCGUCAAGUGAAUCUAGGAAACUGUUCUUAAGAGAGGCACAGUGAAGCAUGAAUCUUGAGCUGCUUGAAUCGUUUGGUCAGAAUUAUCCAGAAGAAUUUGAUGGAGCUCUAGAUUGUGCCUCUCUUGCUGUCACAUGUGCAUUUAACAGACGAGGGACACUGCUGGCGGUUGGCUGCAAUGAUGGCCGCAUUGUUAUUUGGGAUUUCCUCACUCGUGGCAUUGCUAAAGUCAUCAGUGCUCACGUCCACCCAGUGUGCUCCCUUAGUUGGUCAAGAGCUGGAUACAAAUUGCUGAGUGUCUCAACUGACAACAAUGUGUGCAUCUGGGAUGUACUCUCAGGAGAGUGUGAUAUCAAGUAUAGGUUUCCAUCUCCAGUAAUGAAAGUACAAUUCCAUCCAAGAAAUGACAAAAUGUUCCUGGUGUGUCCCAUGAGACAUCCUGCUGUUUUGGUGCAUGUUGAUACCACACAUGAAAUUAUUCCAAUGGAUGAUGAGGGAGAUGUGAGCAUUGUGGCAUCCUUUGACCGUCGUGGAGAUCACAUUUAUACGGGUAACAGUCGAGGGAAGUUGCUCAUCCUUACUUGCUCCGACCUGAAAGUCAAGACUUCAUUCAGAAUUGGGCCUGGAACAUCCAGUGCAGCUGCCAUCAAGAGCAUAGAGUUUUCCAGAAGGACAGACUUCUUCUUGGUGAACUCAGCUGACCGUGUUAUAAGAGUGUAUGAUGUACGGAAGGUUUUGAAAGGAGGGAAAGAUGAAGACCCAGAGCCCACCCAAAAGCUGCAAGAUCUGGUCAACAAAACCAUGUGGAAGAAGUGUUGCUUCUCAGGUGAUGGGGAGUACAUAUGUGCUGGAUCAGCUCGUCAGCACUCUCUCUAUAUAUGGGAAAGAAGUGUUGGAAAUCUGGUCAAAAUUCUUCAUGGCACAAAGGGGGAGAUGUUAUUAGAUGUUGUUUGGCAUCCUGUUCGUCCCAUUAUGGCAUCUAUCAGUUCAGGAGUUGUCUCCAUUUGGUCUCAAAACCAAGUGGAGAACUGGUCAGCCUUUGCUCCAGAUUUUAAGGAACUCGAUGAAAAUGUUGAGUAUGAGGAGCGGGAAAGUGAGUUUGACCAAAGUGAUGAGGACAAGAGUGUUGAACUGAGCCAGGAGCGCAGGGAGGAGGAUGUGGAGGUUGAUGUCACCGGCAUAGAUCCUGUGGCUGCAUUUUGUAGUUCUGAUGAAGAAGAUGAUAGUAAUGCUCUCCUGUACUUACCCAUUUCACCUGAGAUAGAGGAGCCAGAGGAGGGUUGGGGUCCUGAAGGAGCACCAAAUGAAGAUCUUUCUUCGAAGAGAUCAGGUGACAGCAAAGAAAAUGUCUCGCCUAAAAAGAAGAGACCAAAAACACAUGAUGUAUCCCUGGAAAAUGCUCCAAUUGAUGAGGUGCAUCCACUUGUAAGCAACCGACCCAAGGAGAAGCAAACCACAGGCAACAAAAAGGGAAGAAAUAAUUCAAAAGGAGAAGGCAAAAAAGAUAGGAAAAAGCACUAAAAGUAUGUAAAUGAUACACCAGUUUUUGUUACACACACACACACACACACACACACACACACACACACACACACACACACACACACACACACACACACACACAUACACACAGAUUGUAUAUUAGAUUAUAUCUUAUUUUACUACUAUUAUGUAAUUUUUUAUAUUUCACAUAGAUUUACCAUCUUUUUUUCUUUGUGUGUGUGUGUGUGUGUGUGUACACUUUGUUUAAGCUAAUCCCUUUUGUGAAAUUAGCCUGUCAUGCAGAUGGUAACUCAAGUUUGUGUCAUAUAAUUUCAGAUGUAAAAGAAUAUCAUAUUGCAUAUUAAAAAUCUAAAUUGUUA